UUGUGUGUGUGUGUGUCAUAAAUGCACGCUGUUGCACAUGUGAACUCUGCUCUCAUGCAGCUUCAUGCUGAAAGGUCAGCCCGGUGAUGGACAGCACUGAGCGUAAUGGCCUUUCACACAACAGGCAACCUUAUCUUGAAGUGGCCCUGGACGAAGCCCAGCUGGAUGUACUUGGGCAGCGGGCCGAAAAAAGGUCCUUCACAUUUUUGGAGAGGAUAAAGUCACAGUGUUGGUGUUCUGGUCCCAGGUUGAAGAGCUUGCUGCUGAGCUUUUUUCCUGUCCUGUCAUGGCUGCCUCACUACUCCAUCAGAGAAAACGCAAUUGGAGACCUGGUGUCUGGAGUCAGUGUCGGGAUCGUUCAGCUGCCACAGGGUAUGGCCAAUGCCAUGUUGGUCGGAGUUCCUCCAGUGUUUGGUCUGUACAGCUCCCUCUAUCCUCUGAUCAUCUACUUCAUCUUCGGCACUUCCAGACACCUCUCCAUCGGUACAUUUGCUGUCCUGGCCAUCAUGAUCGGGUCGGUGACAGCUAACGUGGAGUUGCCUAGCAACAGCGUUGAAGAGAAUCAGGUUGAUGUGGAAGCAGCCAAGGUAAACGUUGCAGUACAAGUCACCUUCCUCUGUGGCCUCAUACAGCUCCUGCUGUACUUGUUGCGUGGAGGCGGUGUGUGCCGCUGGUUGUCCGACCCUGUACUCAGAGGCUACACCACGGCAGCAGGUCUGCAUGUGAGCAUCCUGCAGCUGCCACUGAUGACUGGAAUACCAGCACAGAGACACACUGGCCUGCUGGCUUCCGCUUGGACUUUAAGGAGUGUUCUGUCAGGAGUGACCAGUGCUGUGCCAGGAGCUCUGUCGGUCACUGCGGUUUCCAUGGUGAUACUCAUCAGCGGCAAGAUGCUGAAUGAGCACUUUAAGAAAAAGCUGCCCGUUGCCAUACCGUGGGAACUUAUACUGAUUGUCGUGGGCACCGUGGUGUCAGUGCAGAUGGAUCUGAGUGGACAGCACCGAGUCCAGGUGGUAGGACACAUACCCAGUGGCUUGUCUCCCCCCGCCCUCCCCUCUCUGUCUCAGGCCAGAGAGCUGUUCCUUCCCGCCUUGUCUGUGGCCCUGGUUGGCUUCAGUUUCCUCUCAGCCAUGGGCUCAGUGUUUGCGCACAAACAUGGCUACUCGGUGGACCCCAGUCAGGACCUGCUGGCUCUGGGUCUGUCUAACACCAUCGGGGGAAUGUUUCAGUGCUUUGCUGUCAGCUGCUCCUUUUCUCGCAGUAUGAUCCAGGAUAGUAUUGGUGUCAAGUCACAGAUGGCAGGUUUGGUGUCAGCUCUGAUGAUCCUGACCAUCCUGUUGAAGAUCGGUCACCUGUUUGAGCAGCUGCCAAAGGCAGUGUUGGCAGUGAUCAUUGUGGUGAACCUUCAGGGGAUUCUGGUUCAGUUCAAAGAUGUGUGUGUGCUCUGGAAGUCUGACAGAUUGGACCUGCUGGUGUGGGUGGUGUCGCUGAUGUCCACGUUGACCUUCAACCUGGACCUGGGUCUGCCCGUGGCCAUCGUCUUCUCUCUGCUCACACUCAUCUACAGGACGCAACAAUCCUCCACUGUUGUUUUGGGUCAUGUUCCUGGUACAGACUGUUACAGAGAUGUGGGACUCUACACUGAGGCAAAGCAGGUUCCUGGGGUGACUGUACUCUCAUGUCCGGGUCCAAUUUACUUUGCUAACUCUGAACUGUUGUUCGCAGAGAUUAGACAGACAGUGAGUCGCUGUCAGAGGGACAACCCAGCUGGAGUCCACACGGCUCCCUCUUCCUCCUCCUCCUCUUCAGUCCAGACUCAUUGCUUGGUUCUCGAGCUCAGCUCGGUCAGCUUCAUGGACUCUGUGGCCAUGACGGCGCUUUGCAAGGUUGCAGAUGACUUGGAUGUCCAUGGAGUCGGUAUAUUUCUGGCAGCGUGCCCAGGAAGAGUUUUAUCCCAGCUUCAGACUCAGGGUUGUAUUCCAGACAGCCUGCCAAGCUCCUGUCUCUUCCCAUCCGUACAUCACGCUGUCCAGCGUUACCUCAACACCAUGCCCAGGCCUCUGGAGGAAUUCAACUCGGAUCCGAGUGACUGUUGAAGCUGCAAUGUGAUCUCAAUGUCAAAUACAGCACAGCAAAGUCAACAAGAGAAGAAAAACAAACCCCUGAGGUGAUUGUUCCUCCUUUUGUGUGACGGACGGAAAAAUCCUUGCUUCGUUUUGUUUUAAAAGGCUCACCCUGCACUUGUCACUCAUUUCCUGACAAUAACUCUUGACCUUCAUGAGUGACUGGACAUGUUUAAGGCUGACUCUUUGGGGGAAUGUGAUACAGUAAGUGGGGAAUGGGAAGAUAUAAGUGCUUAUCAAGAAACAAAAGAGAAGAAAAAAGGUCCAAAGUCCAAUGUUGGGACCUUGUCUGUGGUAACAACCAUUACGUUUAAACUAAUUAAACAAUCUUCACUUUGUUUUGUUUGUUAUUACAGGGAUUGUAGUUUCCAGAACAUUUUAGCUCACAUACAGCUUUUAGCUUGUUUAUAUUUUACAUAUAUUUGUAAUAUAAUAUAAAUAGAAAAUAAUCCAGACUCAACUGACAAUCUCACAAAUUGUCCAAAUUUUAAGGGAAGUGAAAUUGUUUUAAUUCACAGCUAUUAUUUUGUUUGGAAACAGCGAAGCACCAGAAAUCCUGAGAAAGAUUGAGGUAUCAAAAAAAUACUGUGGUUAAAUCAAUACGGAUUUCGACAAAUUCUCUGGCAAGCUACUGUUUGUCUCAGACAUUCAUUAUCACAUAAGAAUAAGAGUAGAUUAAUGGCCAUUGACAGUCAUAAUAACUGACCCACUUCUUCCUUAUUGGCCUCAUUAGUACAACCACUUAUCUGGUACCAGCUGGGUGUGUAAUACUAGGGAAAUGACCAUAGGUCAUUGGUUGUGCCGUUGUGUCUAAAUUAGCAUGUGGUGGCAAAGAUGCAGAAGAAGUAGUAUGGAAAACUUCACAGCUCAAUGCAGUGCUCACACAUUCAGAGGAGGAAGGAGUUAAUAUCCUCUCCCCACUCAAUCAUCCACCACACCACACCAUACCACACAGACACCCCAGAUGGGACUCCAACCCACAAUCCCUGGCUUAGGAGGCCAGUGCCUUAUCCAUUAUUGGUUUUAAAUAAAAGGACAAUGGCCACUGAUGCUGUUGUAACACAGAGUCACAGGACAGGGUAAAACUACAAAUAUUAACCUUUUUUCCAAAGAAUUCUUCCGAAAAAUGUGCACUUUUGGUCAAAGAUGAUAAUUCCAUACUUCCCUGAGGUGAGCACACUGCUAUCUGAAGUAAAUUAAUAUCUAAACUUUCUGAACAGCCUCUUCACUUCCUCCAUCUUGUAUUUGAUGUGAUGGGUCUAAUUGCUUCAUUUUGUGGAGAAGGAAAAUACACACUUCCAGGAACUAAUUUAUUUUCAGAUCACCUCAAAACAUUUAGAUUAUAGCUCAGUGGAUCAUAAUCACACCCUCUAAUAAUGGACUGGGUACCUGGUAGGUAAACAUAAGUAUAAAUUCUUUGUAAGAUCCAGAAUGUUUACCCCUGUAUUCCAUCACUUCACAUCUUGUUCUCCAUUACCUACAUCUAAGUAUUGUUUUACUGUAACUCCAAAGUAAUUACGCUGUACGCUGCAGGCUGUAAUCUAAAGCGUUACUGAAUAUAUUCUUCCAUCCAGGAGGUCUAUAACUGUCCAUCUGAGCAGGUGUUGAUCCGCAGGAAAAGCAGAUGAUGGUCAUCCUGUCUGCCUUUUCAGCGUAUCAUUACAGCAACCCAGGUGAUGAACGAUGACAGUAUCUUUCAUCAUCACUCCCAGUGAUGUAAAAGCCGAAUCUCGAGUGCCAAUACAGCUUUAAACAUUCUAAAAUUAAUGGAUUGCAACCACAAGAUGAAUGCUCCUCAGCAAAGUGUGCCCAACAAGCAGCUUUCAUAUGACAUUGUUAUGCAGGCAAGUUUUGCGGUGUGUAAGCUAAUAGCUAGGAGGCUGAAAUGUCAGUCACUCAAGUGUAAACAAAUACUUGUAAACAAAUACUACAUUUUUUAAGCAGUUUCAGCCGGAAACAGCUCAUGUGCUCAUGGGGAACUAACAACUGAAUAUCAUUGAGCUGAAAAGCAGCGGUGAGCUCAAAGCUUGGUACAACGACUUCCCUCCAGCUCUAAAUGCAUGUACUGUAUGUCUUGACCUAUUUGUUCAGUGUCCUCGCCUGUUGCCAUUGUUUGAUUUAUUGAAGGUGUGGUUCCAAGGGCUUGGGGAGUUUUUUUCCUUUUCGUUAUUUAUUUUGGGCCCAAAAUACUGUGCCAAGAAAAAGACUGUGCGCACACUUUUAAACUAUUUAUCUGGUUCUGCAAAAUUGGCCAUUUGGCUGACACGUAGGAACCGGGUCCAGAACGUGGGCAGUGUGGAACCUGUGCCGGUUCUGAAAGGAUUAUUGAAAGCCAGACUGUGGGUGGAACACACCUACUUUGAGAUGAUGGGUGAUGUGCUGGCCUUCAGUUGGAUGUGGGCUGUUGGGGGAGCUUUGUGCUCUGUGGGGGAGGGCGGGAGUUAUUUGUUAAUUUUUGCAAUUUUUCUUUUUGCGGUUUACCCUCAAAAUUUUGAGGUCACAGUCAUUUAUUUUGUUUGUUUAAUCUCAAUAAAGGGCUUUUGAAAA